CACGGACAGGAGGGACCGGCUGCGUUCUCCGUCCAGGUGUAGACGGGUGCAUGUGGGCCCUUCGCUCCCUGCUGCGGUCCGCUGCCGGACGUACCAUGUCGCAGGGGCCGGCCCUCCGCCAGCGGCCGCCCAAGGACCCGCUGCGGCACCUGCGCACGCGGGAGAAGCGCGGGCAGUCGUGGGGAUCCGGGGGCCCGAACACCGUGUACCUGCAGGUGGUGGCGGCCGGCGGCCGGGACGCGGGCGCAGCGCUCUAUGUUUUCUCCGAGUACAACCGGUACCUCUUCAACUGUGGAGAAGGCGUCCAGCGACUCAUGCAGGAGCACAAGCUGAAGGUUGCUCGCUUAGACAACAUAUUCCUUACGCGAAUGCACUGGUGUAAUGUUGGGGGUUUGUGUGGAAUGAUUCUUACUUUAAAGGAAACCGGGCUUCCAAAGUGUGUGCUUUCUGGACCUCCACAACUGGAAAAAUACCUAGAAGCAAUCAAAAUAUUUUCUGGUCCGUUGAAAGGAAUAGACCUGGCUGUGCGUCCCCACUCUGCACCGGAAUACCAGGAUGAGACCAUGACAGUGUACCAGGUCCCCAUAUACAGUGAACGGAAGUGUGGAGAGCCCCAGCCAUCACAGAGUCCAGAGAGCCCUCUCGGCAGGCGCAGUCCAGAGCAGUCUUCAGACUCUGGAUCACCCAAAAAUGAGCAGCACCCUCCAGAUGGUGUUAGCCGGAGAAUAGGUGGCAGGGACCCCUCCUUGGUCGUAGCUUUCGUCUGUAAGCUUCAUGUAAGAAAAGGAAACUUCUUGGUGCUCAAAGCAAAGGAGCUGGGCCUCCCAGUCGGGACGGCUGCCAUUGCUCCCAUCAUUACUGCUGUCAAGGAUGGGAAAAGUGUCACCUAUGAAGGCAGAGAGAUUUUGCCUGAAGAGAUCUGUACUCCUCCAGAUCCUGGUCUUGCUUUUGUGGUGGUGGAAUGUCCAGAUGAAGGAUUCAUUCAACCCAUCUGUGAUAAUGCUACCUUUAAGAGGUACCAAGGAAAGGCUGAUGCCCCUGUGGCCCUCGUAGCUCACAUGGCCCCAGAGUCUGUGCUUGUGGACAGCAGGUACCAGCAGUGGAUGGAGAGAUUCGGGCCCAACACCCAGCACCUGAUCCUGAAUGAGACUUGUGCGUCUGUUCACAACCUGCGCAGCCACAAGAUUCAAACACAGCUCAACCUCAUCCACCCGGACAUCUUCCCCCCACUCGCCAGUGUCCUCUGCAAGAAAGAGGGGCCAGCCCUCAGCGUGCCCACGGUUCGGGCGGAGUGCCUGCUCAAGUACCAGCUCCGUCCCAGGAGGGAGUGGCAGAGGGAUGCCAUUGUCACUUGCAAUCCAGAUGAAUUUAUAGCAGAGGCCCUGGAGCUGCCCAAUUUCCAGGAGAGCAUUCAGGAAUGUAGGAAGCAUGUGCAGGAUGGCCCAGCCCCAGCAGAGAAAAGAAGCCAGUAUCCAGAAAUCAUCUUCCUCGGAACAGGGUCUGCCAUCCCGAUGAAGAUUCGAAAUGUCAGCUCCACGCUUGUCAACAUCAGCUCCGACACGUCUCUGCUCCUGGACUGUGGCGAAGGUACAUUUGGGCAGCUGUGCCAUCAUUACGGAGAUCAAGUAGACAGAGUCCUGGGCACCCUCGCGGCUGUGUUUGUGUCCCACCUGCACGCGGAUCACCACACGGGCUUGUUGAAUAUCCUGCUGCAGAGAGAACAAGCUUUGGCGUCUCUGGGGAAGCCUCUUCGCCCUCUGCUAGUGGUUGCUCCCACCCAGCUCAGGGCCUGGCUCCAGCAGUACCACAACGAGUGCCAGGAGGUUCUGCAUCACGUUAGUAUGAUUCCUGCCAAAUGCCUUCAGAAAGGGGCUGAGGUCUCCAGUCCCACACUUGAAAGACUGAUCAGUUCAUUGCUGGGAAUAUGUGAUUUGGAAGAGUUUCAGACCUGCCUGGUCCGGCACUGCAGACAUGCGUUUGGUUGUGCGCUGGUGCACACGUCCGGCUGGAAGGUGGUCUACUCAGGAGAUACCAUGCCCUGCGAGGCUCUGGUCCAGAUGGGGAAAGAUGCCACCCUCCUGAUACACGAAGCCACUCUGGAAGAUGGUUUAGAACAGGAAGCAAUGGAAAAGACACACAGCACUACCUCCCAAGCCAUCGGCGUGGGGAUGCGGAUGAAUGCGGAGUUCAUCAUGCUCAAUCACUUCAGCCAGCGCUAUGCCAAGAUCCCCAUCUUCAGCCCUGACUUUAACGAGAAAGUGGGAAUUGCUUUUGACCAUAUGAAGGUCUGCUUUGGAGACUUUCCGACGGUGCCCAAGCUGAUCCCCCCGCUGAAGGCCCUGUUUGCUGAUGACAUCGAGGAGAUGGUGGAGCGCAGGGAGAAGCGGGAGCUGCGGCUGGUGCAGGCGGCCCUCCUGUCCAGGGCACGGGCUGGCGGCCCUGAAGACGGGGAGCCCCAGCAGAAACGGGCACAUGCAGAGGAGCCUCAGAGUCCACAGAGCAAGAAGGUCAGAGCCCAGUGAAGCCCAGGAGUGAUCCUGAACUCUGAGGACUGUGCCUCUUCUGCUCCGUGCAUGGCCCCCAUGUCUGCUCUCCUUGCCUGGUGGAAACUAGAGAGCAGGAUCCAAUGAGGAGGUGUGGAGCUGUGCUGAGACCAGGGCUCCUGGAUGGCUGGCGCCUGGCACCGCUGUGAGACAGGAGGCUGCCAAAUGGAAGCAGGCAGGUCUAACUAAUUCCGAUCAGUCUUUAAAGUCAUCUAGAAACACAGAGGGUGGCACCCCCCCUCGCCUACUCCAGCAGUGUGAUUUCCUCUGCAUGCCAGGGAAAAGGAAAGUAACAGGAUGUUGGGUCUGAGUGUCUCCGAGACUCAAGGAAUAGUAUUUCCAAAGAAGCAGCCACAAUAAAGAUUGAGUGGAUCCUGA